CUCCCCAAAGGUCAGCAGUCUCUGGUCAUUCCCUGCACUGUCUGCAGUCUCUGGUCAUUCCCUGCACUGUCUGCAGUCUCUGGUCAUCCCCUGCACUGUCUGCAGUCUCUGGUCAUCCCCUGCACUGUCUGCAGUCUCUGGUCAUUCCCUGAACUGUCUGCAGUCUCUGGUCAUCUCCUGCACUGUGUCCGCAGUCUCUGUGGUCAUCUCCUGCACUGUGUCCGCAGUCUCUGGUCAUCUCCUGUACUAAGUCUGCAGUCUCUGGUCAUCUCCUGUACUAAGUCCGCAGUCUCUGAUCAUCCCCUAUACUGUGUCUGCAGUCCAUUGGAAUGUCUGACUGGAUCUUACAGAUCUGGGCGUUAAGUAGAAUGGAGCAAGCCGCCUGCGAAUAUUAUACUCCUUUACACAGGGUUCAGGCAUCAUAUGAGCAGUCUCUGACCCAUCUCCUGUACUAUAUCUGCCAGUCUUCUGACCAUCUCCU